UGGGGAUCCCCUGCGCGCUUUCUGCUGCCGCUCUGCUCCAGUUUCAUUUCAUCAUCGCCUCUAUCCCCUACACGCACGCACCGCAGCAGCAGCAGCAUCUCUCUCACUCACUCACUCUCUCUCUUCGUCUCUGUCUCUGUGCAGCAGCAUGAGUAAUAAAUGGCAGUGAGCAGCGUGGCUGAGGCGGAGAGAGUCUGCCACUAGUGCUGUGCUGUGGACAGCAGCAGCGUCCGUCCGGCUCUUGCUUUUCUUCUUCCUCUUUCAGUUUUCAGUUCUUGGUACCAGCAGCAAUCAGUUUCUGCUCUUCCCAGUUGAAACCGCACUAAACCCUGUCAAAACCUUCAUCCCCUCCCCCUGAUCCGAGCAAGAGCGGAUUGAUCGAUCCUUUCACGGGGAAAUCUCCGAAAGAGAAAAAAGGUUGAUUCUUUCUUUUCCGCCCCCCAAAAGUUUCAUCUCUGAAUCCGUUGAGCCCGGAAGCGCCGGCAAAUUUCUUCCCCCAAACCCCCAGAUUUCUCGAUCCGUUUGAUCGUUGGAUCGUUCUUGUCCAAGAUUCGCCUGUGUGGGGGUGGGAGGAGGGGGAGGGGUUUCCUCUGAUGAGCAGCAGCAGCAUCGCCGCCCGUCGAUGACUGAGCGCCGCCGAUGCUGUCGGGGUGCUCGGUGUCCAGUCUCGCGGCGAGGUUCGCCUUCUUCCCGCCGGACCCGCCCACCUACGCCGUCCGCAAGGACGAGGCCACGGGCCGCCUCGUCGCCUCCGGCGGCGUCCCGCGGGACAGCGCCAUGGACGUGCUGCUCGUCGACACCGCCAGGGGCACCAAGGUCGUCGCCUUCUACCUCAGGAACCCCUGCGCCCGCCUCACCGUGCUCUACUCGCACGGCAACGCCGCCGACCUCGGCCAGCUCUACGACCUCUUCGUGCAGCUCAAGGUCAAUCUCAAGGUCAAUCUGAUGGGGUAUGACUACUCGGGGUACGGUGCAUCUACUGGCAAGCCAAGUGAAGAGAAUACAUAUGCAGACAUUGAAGCAGUUUACCAGUGCUUAGAAACCGAGUAUGGAAUAAGCCAGGAAAAUGUUAUCUUGUAUGGACAAUCUGUUGGCAGUGGGCCAACAUUGCAUUUAGCCUCUCGUUUGCCAAGAUUGCGUGCUGUGGUUCUUCACAGUGCUAUACUGUCAGGCCUCCGUGUUGUUUGCCAUGUGAACUUUACUUUCUGCUUUGACAUUUACAAAAACGUCAAAAAAAUAAAGAAGGUGAAAUGCCCAGUGCUCGUUAUUCAUGGAACUGAUGAUGAUGUCGUGAACUGGUCACAUGGUAAUGAACUGUGGAAACUGGCAAGGGAGCCGUAUGAUCCAUUAUGGAUCAAAGGGGGAGGUCACUGCAAUCUGGAGCUGUACCCGGACUUCAUCCGCCACCUCUCCAAGUUCAUCCGUGAAAUGGAGAGUAUGACAACCAAAACGAGGCUCAAGAAGAUCCGAGAGUCCCUCCAACCAGCAAAGACUGUCUACCCCGCACACACCGCAACGACUACCACCUUCACCACUAACUGCUGCUGCCGUAUCCGAGUCCGCAAACCGACCUGCCCCAGCUGCAAUUUCAGCUGCAGCUGUUGUCAUGCAUUGAGGAAUUGCUUCACAUUCCGUCCAUUCAAGUGCUCGAUCUGCCUCUCCUGCAACUGCAGGAGCUGCUUCAACUGCUGCUGCUGCUGAUGCAGUGGAGUCGCUCUUUAACGCAAAUCUAUCUGUGCGUGUGUAUAGGGGGAAAAAAAGAAGGAAUGGUCCUGGAGAUAUCUAACCCUUUAAAUGUUGUAGGACAGAACCUAGAUUUUCACUUAGCUUCAAUCUUGUAUGAGAAGAUGGAGAUAUGCUUGUGCUGCUCCUUAGUAUCCAGUUCUUCCCAGUUCUUAUGUACUUGCUCGUCAGGUUCGAACCCGCCCAUCUCAGCUGUUCUUGUAUGUUCCCAUGAACUCUGUUGCAUCUGCAAUUCUCUGAAUUCUCUUGCAUCUGCAGCUA